AUGCCCGGCAUCCUCCCUAUGAAGGUCAUAAAGGUGGGGUCCAGCGCUCAGUCUCGCAUAGCCCAAGCCUGCGACCGCUGUAGAAGCAAAAAAAUACGUUGUGACGGCAUCAGACCGAGCUGUACUCAAUGCAUCAACGUUGGCUUUGAGUGCAAGACCAGCGAUAAGUUGAGCAGGAGAGCCUUCCCAAGGGGCUACACCGAAUCACUGGAAGAAAGAGUCAGAGCUCUCGAGCUAGAAGUCCGCGAAUUAAAGGAUCUGUUGGAUGAGAAGGACGAGAAGAUCGAUUUGCUUUCGAGGCUACACCCAAGCCACUCCCCUCGCUUGACUUCUUCUCCCAUACACCACCCGACAGAUCCGCCUACUCCUACAACAGAGAAGAGAGAAGAGUCACAAGAGAAGGAUGACACUUUUAAGCUACAGCAGUCUCCGCUCUUGAUGGAGGACGACAAUGGUGAUUCUUAUUUUGCAGGACUAUCUAGUGGUCACACUCUCGUUGAUGCGUUCAAGCUCAGAGUCCAAGGAACUCAGCGCCCAUGUUCUGAAAUUAGACCCGACUCCUUCUUUCGCCCUCGACACGUUUCUGUUGUGGAGAUUGAGCAGAAUGGCAGUCGUAUCGUCUCGUGGAAAGCGCCUCCGCGUAUGGUUUCCGAUCAAAUGAUCAAUAUUUUCUUCCAGGAAUGGGCACCCUUGUUCCCUGUUCUGCAUCGGCCCACUUUCCUUACUAUGUAUGAGCGAUAUGUUGCGAACAUAGAGGAGGUGACUGAUAGAAACUCGCUUGCACUGCUAAACCUCGUCUUCAGCAUCGGCGCCCUGUCAUGCUCUUCUCGCGACUCCUAUGAUAUUGCAUCCUUUGAGCUGCAAUGGGAAGCCGCAAUACAGUCACUCUUCUCAGAAAACUCCCUCCAGUUUCUUCAAUGUCUUGUCCUCGCUCAAAUCCAUUGCAUGCUCAGCGCCGACUAUGCGAAGCUUCUCAAAUACAAAGGUCUCGCUACCAGCCUACUGCUGCGGCUUGGCCUCAAUCAGUCACAGAAACGCUUCGCCCUUGGCGCACUAACGAUCGAAACUAGAAAGAAGGUCUUUUGGACGCAAUACACUGUUGACUGCCUCUCUGCUGCUCAGCUUGGACUGCCUCGGAUGAUCAAAGAAGACAAUAUACACUGCGAAUACCCAGUAGACGCUGAUGACGAGCAUGUCACAGAGACUGGCUUCUUAUCGACCUUACCAGGUGAAUCUACCAAGGUUUCAAGUGCUCUCGCCUUAUUCAAAGCUGCUCGUAUCCUUUCGAGGGUAUUGGGCCAAAGCUAUCCGACAUGUCCGUCGCACGACAUAUCAUUUCGGACCAUGGCCAGUCAAGCCGAAGAGCUGGACAGCUGGUACAAUAAUCUAGCUGCACAUCUCCGUCUAAAGUUCGCGCAAGACAAGCCUUCGGCCAAUGUUACCGGAAGCCGGUCCCCAAUUCUGGCCAUUAUGUACCAUUAUGUGCGAUCACUCAUUUUUCGGCCAGCCGUAUGUGCAAGCCUUGGCCCGAAAAGCUAUUCAGCAACACUUGCUGUUGGCCAUUCCUCGAAGUCAAUCGUUCAGAUCAUUCAGCUGCUGGACGAGCGCAACCUGAGCUUCUCUCUUGCUCUCAAUCGCAACGAGCUGACCGUGCUCGCCGGAUUCGGCCUCUUAUUCCAGACAUUACAUACGGAACAUGAUGGAAGACUCGUGAAGGACAGCCAGAAAAUGACCCUUGUCGUGGUUGACCUGUUGAAGAAGGCUCACGCGCCAUAUGCUACAUCUUUCCGUCGUAUCGGAUACUCUAUGCUUGCUUCCCUUCGUCCGACGAUCAAGCAGUCGCCGCCACUAUCUCGCCACAAUUCUGACAGUAGCAUGGGAGCGCCAAGCGAAUCAGCUUUCAGUGUCACCCAGCGACAUAUCAAAGCGCUCGCUUCGCGCUUUCCUUCUAUAUCUCGCACUACCAACAACAAUGAUGCCCGCCGAGCUACCCUCCCAAAUAUUGGCAUACUUCAGAACAACAGCUCCACCAGUAUAAACAGUCUCAAUUCCAAUCUGUCCGGGCCCAUGUCUCGCUCCGAGCCCACGCUAUCCCCAGUCAAUACUCACACGCCGAAACAAGCUCGAGCCAGUACCGGGCCUCGCCAGACGCCAAAUCUUGACUUUCUCUCUUUCGAUAAUACUCCAAUUCCAUCAAGCUACGAACCCACGCAGCUCAUACAUCCACAGAAGCAAGAAGUUUCAACCUCAGACUGGGAGCGGCUUCUCGGUAGUCUUGACAACGGCACCACUAAUAUAUAUGACACCAUUUAUGGCGGUGUGCCUGCUGAAGCGCUGGUCGACGCUCCUAUCCACGAGAACACGUGGACGUCUGACCUGUGGCUGAACGGCCUGGGCAACCCCCCUAUUGAGCACAUCUACCAACCCAGUCCGGCAGUAGCACAGAGUGUGCUCAGUCUUUCGGAUGAAAGUCUGACCAGUGGAGAGGAGUACUGCGCGGAAUUGAGGAGUGUGGGGAGUUCCGGGCGAGAGCGAUUUGGAAGUAUUGUCAUACCGGAUAUGAGUUCUAGUCUACCGCUGGAGACGAAUUACGGGCUUUGA